AUGAUGUUCAAGUCUUUUGCCGCCGUGUCGGCCUUGUCACUCUUUGCAUCGUCUGCUGUUGCUCUCGAUGCCAGUCUGAAGAAUAAUGUUGCUGUCUACUAUGGACAAGGUUUCAACCAACCCCGGCUCUCACAUUUCUGUGAACAGACCACGUCGGACAUUAUCAACAUUGGCUUUAUCGAUCAGUUCCCCAAAUUUGUGGGUGACUUCCCUGGUUCCAAUUUUGCCAAUCAGUGUGAUGGCAACUUUUUCCCCGGUACAGAGCUGCUUAAUGGCUGCCACCAGAUCUGGCAAGAUAUCCCUAUUUGCAAAGCUGCUGGCAAGACAAUCCUGUUGUCCAUCGGUGGUGGUACCGCUACAGCCCAGUCUCUUCCGGAUGAGGCCACUGCGACCUGGUUUGCGGAUUUCCUGUGGUAUUCAUUCGGUCCUUACAAUCCAUCCAUCUCUUCAUUGGGUUGGACCGAGGACUUGGUUGGCAUCUUCCCUCGCCCAUUCCUCACUUCCUCGGUUGAUGGAUUCGACUUUGAUAUCGAGUACAACGGCGGAGUUGGAUACGCCACACUAAUUAAUCGUCUACGCUCGCAUUUCGAAACCAGCGGAGAGACCUACUACAUCUCCGGAGCUCCCCAGUGCCCCAUUCCCGACCCUCAGCUCGGCGAUGCUAUUACCAACUCGUACUUUGAUUUCAUCUGGGUUCAGUGGUACAACACCCAGGGUUGCUCUGCUGCGGAUUGGGUGCACAAGACCGGCAAGUUCAACUUCGACGACUGGGUCGGUGUCAUUGAGAAGAGUGUCAAUCCCAAUGCUAAGCUCUUCAUCGGACUGCCCGCAUCGGAGGAUGCCGCUAAUGCUGGAUUCUACUUGACCCCUGAUGAGGUGCAGCCCCUUGUCGAGACUUACAUGGACAAGCACCCUGAUCACUUCGGUGGUAUCAUGCUGUGGGAGGCCACCGCUGGUGAGAAUAAUCUCAUCAACGGAACAACAUUCACUGAGCACAUUAAGGAUAUCCUGUACGGUUGCGCUCCUCCUCCUCCUCCCCCGACUUCGACUGUCACCCCCAUCCCUUCCUCGACUGUGACUCCUGUUUCGUCGUCCACUGUCCCGCCGUCUAGCUCGGCUACGCCUUCGGUCACCUCGGUUGCUUCCAGCUCAGUCGCUUCUUCCAGCUCGGUUGUGUCUUCUAGCUCGGUUGUGUCUUCUAGCUCAGUUGUGUCUUCCACCUCCGCCGCCUCUUCUAGCUCAGUUGCGUCUUCCACAUCGGUUGCCUCAUCUAGCUCCGCUACCCCUUCGGCCACCUCAGUUGCUUCCAGCUCAGUCGCUUCUUCCAGCUCAGUUGCAUCUUCCAGUUCGGUUGCAUCUUCCACAUCGGUUGCGUCUUCCAGCUCAGUUGCUUCCAGCUCAGUCGCUUCUUCCAGCUCAGUCGCUUCUUCCAGUUCGGUCGCUUCUUCCAGCUCGGUGUCUUCCACCACCCCUGCUACCUCUGAGCAGUCUUCCUCCACUUCGAGCCUCCCUAGCAGCUCUGUGACGACUACUCCUGCUUCAUCCGGACAUCCCGCCCCCCACUCCUCCGCCACCGGAAAGCCCCACAGCUCGCAUGCUGGCCAUGGCCAUGGACAUGGACAUGGCCACCACACCCACACCCACCCCCAUCCCCACACUGUCCCAAGCUCCACUCCCCUGAUCCCGGGACACCCUUCAAGCACCGCUCCCAUCUCUUCUGCGACCGAGUCUAGCGCCUCUUCCACUAGCGAAGGUGUCAUCCCGACCGGUGUAUCAUCUACCAGCGACGAGACCACUGGGAGCUCCAAGCCUACCAGCAUUGAGACUACCGGUGCUUCCAAGCCUACCGGUGACAACACUACCGGUGGUUCUAGCUCUACUGGCGUCGAGACUACUGGGGGCUCCAAGCCUACCGGUGACAACACUACUGGUGGUUCUAGCUCUACUAGCGUCGAGACUACCGGAGGCUCCAAGCCUACUGGCAACAACUUCACUGGAGGAUCCAAGCCUACCGGUACUGACUCAACCACAGCCCCGGCUGGUAUCACCGCCACUGCCUCUGUGACUGCCUCGCCUUCCUCCUUGGCUCCCGGUACGACCACAACUAUCAUCGUGACCUCGUACGUUGAUAUUUGCCCAACUGGAUUCACUACCAUCACCACCACUAUUACCAAAACCUACUGUCCUGGUGAUGUCUCCGCUACCGCUACCCCAACUGGCACCGCGGAGAUCACUGCUCCUACUUCUGGGCCUGCCACUUCCACUCCUUACAUUCCCGAAGGCUGGACCACUACUGUGACUGUUUGCACCCAGUGUGCCGCUACCCCGACUACCGUUACCCUCACUAAGCCCGCUGCUACUACUACCACUGAGGUUGUGUCGCAGCCCACCGCCCCUUCGGUGCCUGAGGAAUACACUACCACCGUGACUUUCUGCAAGCACUGUGGUCCUACUGGUAGCACCGUCACCAUUACCAUCCCGGCUCCUACUGUUACUGCUACUGCCACCGCAACUGCCACCGCAACUGCUACUAGCAUUGUUCCUGGCUCUGGCUCUGGCUCUGGCUCUGGCUCUGGCUCUGGCUCUUCUGGAAACGGUGAGGGCUCCGGCUCCGGCUCUAGCUCUGGCUCUACUGGUGAGGUUACAGUGCCCGGUGUCGCCCCUGUGUCGCCAUCUUCUUCCUCCAAGCCCAUCCCCAGUCAUGGAGCAGGAGGCUUCCACGUCGGCAAGCCGUCCUCGAGCAUAGCCUUCCGCCCCUCGCCCGCGCGCACUGCCGUGCCUGCCGUGCCUACCGUCGCGACCACCGCCACGAACACACCCGCAUUGCCCACCAACCAAGAGGGCGUGUCUCCGGUGUACACCGGUGCAGCCUCGCGUUCCAACAUGACCGGCUUGUUCGGUGGCGUCCUCGCCAUCGCUCUUUCCAUGUUCAUGAUGCUGUAA